AUGAAGGAGGCGCGACAGUCCGGAUGUUACGCCCAGGCAUUACGCCGACGAGUCAAGUUCCAAGAUGCUGUCACCACAGCCAAACCUUACUCGGUGGGCAUUGUCGCGUGGGCUGAUCAGUAUAUAUACUGCAACGGCAUGCUCUGCUAUACACAGAACGAAACCAAGGAAUUUUUCUUGCUCGAUCUUCAUCAGUCGGCGCCGAACGAGAUCGUAAUCAACGUAGACGAACUUCUUGCUACCACAAAUCAAGUCCUUGCGAGCGAGAAGUACGAGCUCAGACCCAUACACUAUUCAGAGAACAUCCUGUCUUGGCUGUACAUCCCGCUUGAGAAUACAGGCCGCAACAAACUUUUUGUCACCAAUAUCGAGAGACGCGCCAUUUUCCCUCCCAUAGACAUUGACUCACGCCAGAAGCUGUUUGUCAGGAAUAAUUCGAAUUAUUUAUACUGCGGCACUUAUCCCGAUACCGGCGAUGACAACGAUACCGGCGAUGAUAACGAUACCGGCGAUGACAACGAUACCGGCGAUGACAACGAUACCGGCGAUGACAACGAUACCGGCGACGACGAUGACAACUUCUGGAAGCUGCAGUGCUUCAACAUCGGGGGGAAAGAAUGGCUGAAUGGCGUGCUUGAACUCAAGGAAGUCGCCGGUUCUGAUGUUGGUACCACCGCGGCCUUCGAGAUUUUCGGCCAGCAUUUCUACGCGGCUUCAAGCGUGCAGCCGACUGCAUUCGGCGAAGAUGUUUAUCUUUCACGUUACUACGGCGUUCGCUAUCCCCUCGGUGUAUGCAGAGCCGAGGAUAAGCAGCUGCUAUCUGAGUCCAUGUUUCGUCGCGAUGACCGCGAAGGGCCGAUCAAUGAGAUAUGGAGCACCCUUAGUCUCGAAAAGAACCCCAAAACAGGAGUCCUUGAGGUCGUGGAGUGCCGAAGGGAACACUCUGCUAAGGGCGACGGGAACUCGAGGACCGCGUACCGGACGGCAGUUCAGAUUCGCAACGGCGAUUUUUCUGACGAUUUCCUGGUUAGAGAAGGCAGCGAGCAGAAGCUCGUAGAGUUUUGUGGCUCUCAAGGCCAGGCACCAGACCUCAAAGAAUAUCCGUCAACUCCACACCGAGGGGACGAUGGCUUCACCCAGCCGUUGGUCACCUCUAACAAUUGCUUUAUGAGGUCCUAUAACAUCCACUGCGAAGCGUUUAUAGACCUUUUCAACCUUACCGCUGCAGAUGGCCUGUCUUCUGGUCUGAACAUACGAACCAUAAGUCGUUCGCAGGCGGUAACGCACGAGCAACCAGAUUCUCAGGAAAUGGGAAACAAAGCCAAACGAGUUGAGAGUAUCAUAUCUUACUGGCCACCGCAGACUCACCCAGACGAAAAAUGUGACGGAUCGAAAUAUCUGGCUCACGCCCUGCGUGUUCAAGAACCCCACUGGGACAUUUUCGGAGUAGCUGAUGACCGGUCUCUUGUUUACAUUCAGGGAGGCCGAGAGCCCAAAGAUCUGAACCCUCUGGUGAUCAUCUCUUUUGACCCUUCCAUCAAGCUGCCUGGGGUUUGGAAAUGGCUGGGGACCCGUCCAGAGCAACGAACAUGUGAGGUUGAACCUCAUUCAGGCGCAACGGCAAAGCGAAGGGGACUGGUCACACCGGCUGUGGUCUCCAGCGAUUGCAUCAAUCAACGGCCUUAG